AUGAGCUCGCCCCAUGAGGUGUCUGUUUGGGGAGCGGGUUUCGGCCCAGAGGGCGGCGAGUGGGCCGGCGUCCGCCCGGCCGGCCCCACAGCGUCGCGGCGACCCGAACCAGGCCCCGAGCCGGGGCCGCCGGGGCGGCCGGGGAGCGGCUUCUCGGACCCCAAGGGCUUCGAGUCAGAGCAGGAGGUGCUGGAAGCGGGAGGGCCGGUGCUGUGGGGCCGCGAAGGCCAACCUGGCUCCGCGACCGACGCCAGGGGGGCCGCCCUGGACCUGGCCGACGAGUCAGCGGUGGCCAUCCUGCAGCAGCUGCCCGACCGGGACGUGCUGGCCGUCCGCGGGUACCGGUUCCCGGAGAGCUGCGCCGCCGCCCACGUGUCCGCCAUGUGGGCCGGCCUGGAGGCGGGUCCCGGCGGUGGAGCGGCGCCCGCCCAGAGCUGUGGGGAAGCGCCGCUGGCUCCGGCCGGCCCUCUCCACCUCGGAGGGCCUCGGGUGGGCCGGGCCUGGGGGAACCGUAAGAGGGGCGCUAGGAGUAGGUCGAACGUGGCUGCGGAUCGCCAGCGGCUCCCCGCCGAAGGCCCGGUCGGGCUGCCGUCCGACCCCGAGGCCUCAGAUGAGUUCAGUGAGAUACAGCUGAUGAGGGUGAGCGUUUACCCCAAAGAAGGAGGCCAGGCCAAGCCCAACAGCCCCGAGGAUCCCGGGGACACACCCAGACACUCGAUUUUCCAAGUCAGGAAGAGUUUCCUUCAUGUGCCAGGCGCUUUCCUGUCCUCGGCUCCGCGAGGAUUCCCUCCGGUUGUGGAAAGGCAGGGCGUGGGAGAGCUGGACAUCUCUUCCGCUAAGAAAAUGCAGAGCGUGCUCUGGGGGAAGGGGGCCAGCAGGCCCAGCUACCCGGGAGCUGCUGCUGCUGCCGCUGCUGCAGGUGGCCUGCCGCGGGCCGCUCCUAGGAGGAAGGGGGCCCAGGAGAAGAAAUCCCUCGGGGGAGCCUCCAGACUUGCCCUGGGGAGAGCCUUUCCUUCCUGGGGACAGCAAACGCCGGCACCUCCCCUGGAACCGGCCACCUUCCCCCCAGUCUCUGGUAUUCCACUGCUUGGGAGGUCCAAGAGGUAUAGCUUGGUCCCUUUGGGAACCAAACAGUCCAAGCACACCGGCGCUGGGAAGAAAUCCGUGGCCAGGCAGGCGAGGGAGUCCGAGGCGGUGGCCGGAGAAGAUAACGACCCAAAUAGAGACCCAGUCCCAAAGGGCCAACUGCCAGCUCGCAGGCCAGGGCCAUCUUGUUGGCUGUGCAUGCAUCAUGGAGAACCCAGCAGUGGCGACCUCAACACCAGAGGCCCCCAAGAUCCAGGAAACUCAGAGCCCUUGUCCUGGAACCAGGGAGAAGUCAUGCCCAGAGGGCCUGCCCCCUCAGCUGCCCAGGAACCACUUGACCAUCCCUCAGGACCGCAAAGGCGGCAGCAGCCACCGGGAACACAGGGCUGUCCUCAGUGUCUCGUGCUACAGAGAGAAAUAGAUGACCUCAAGGAGCAACUUGCUGCCAUGCAGUACCUGGCUGACAAGUUCCAGAUCCUUUGA